AUGGCAUUGUGUUUAGUGCAAGACGCUUUCUCUUACACACCAUCAAAUGGAAGACCCCAUCGUCGAGCUAUUGAAUACGGCAAAGCUGAACAAAUUCGAAAGAGAGAAUUAGAGCAUGAUCUUCUCCGUGAUCAUUUCGAAGCACGCAACUUGCCGGCAAAUGGCUCUCCACACCGUAAGCUUCCGCACUUUGGUCCAAAGGAUUGUCCUAUGCCACCACCAUUCGGCUGUCCUUCCAAUUAUUGGCCACAAUUUCCAGGUCAAAAGCCUGUUCCAUCGAAUUGUCCAAAAGUAGUGCCUAUUGCAACCCAUUGCAAGACAUUCUGGAAAAAUGUAUGGGAGAAGUAUUGGAGCGACAAAAAACCUUGGAACGGAAAGGCACCACAAAACAUGAAGCCAAGUUCAUCCGACUAUAAUAACCAAAACCAACAAACUACUCCGCAAUCUGUCCCGAAUUCAAACUCACAGCCGCAGGUAACCCAACCCAACCCUCAAACACAAAGUGGCACGCAGGUCCAAACUGGUACACAAGCUCAGACAGGCACUCAAACCCAGCCAAGUGGUCAACAAGGUAACAAUGGUACGGCUUAUCCCGGCAAUGGACAAGACUGGAUGGGACAACAAAACCCACAUGCAUUUAGUGGCACGGAUGGAGAAGUAGCCAAGUUCGGGUUCAAAGGUAAGCGUAUGUCGGGCGAUAUGACAUACUUUGGACCGGGUUAUGGAGCAUGUGGAUGGCCAGAACAUGAUUAUGAAAAUGUUGUUGCAGUUUCCGGUCAAUUGUUUCAAAUUUUUGGUAAUGGAAUCACAAACGGUAAUCCUGUUUGCGGUCAUCAAAUUCGUAUUUUCAAAAACGGAAAGACUGCAAUUGCUUCGAUCACGGAUGAAUGCAAUGAAUGCGCACAAGGAUCUUUGGAUAUGUCACCUACGCUAUUCAAAUAUUUCGUCGAUCUUCAAGUUGGCAGGACGACGGUUGAAUGGGAAUUCAUUUGAAGCAUAGCAUUCAUAAGCAUUUCGAUAGCACAUAACCACGUACCUGUACCACUCUGGCAGUCAUAAACAGGUGUGGCACUCACUCCCCCCCCCACAGUAAUACCCUAAUUUGUCCUGCAUCCCUCUGGAAGGUAGUAAUGCUCUUAUUGAAUGAGACAAUUUGGACAUCAUCCAGUUAACG